AUGUCUGAUCCAAGUAGUAUUAAUGGUGGUAUUGUAGUCGCUAUGACUGGUAAAGAUUGUGUUGCUAUAGCUUGUGACUUACGUCUAGGUAACCAAUCUUUGGGUGUCUCAAAUAAUUUUGAAAAAAUCUUCCAUUAUGGCCAUGUCUUUUUGGGUAUAACAGGUUUAGCUACAGAUGUUUUGACUUUAAGUGAAGAAUUCCGUUAUAAGACCAACUUGUAUAAGUUGAGAGAAGAUAGAUUGAUCGAACCAGAAACUUUCACACAAUUAGUAUCGAGUACACUAUAUGAAAGAAGAUUCGGUCCUUAUUUCGUAGGUCCUGUAGUCGCAGGUAUCAAUUCCAAAUCCGGUAAGCCUUUCAUUGCUGGUUUCGACUUGAUUGGUUGUAUCGACGAAGCCAAGGAUUUCAUUGUAAGUGGUACCGCUUCUGACCAAUUGUUCGGUAUGUGUGAAUCUUUGUACGAACCAAAUUUAGAAGCUGAAGAUUUAUUCGAAACUAUAAGUCAGGCUUUAUUAAACGCCGCAGAUCGUGAUGCUCUAUCAGGCUGGGGUGCGGUAGUGUAUAUAAUCAAAAAGGAUAAAGUCAUCAAAAGACACUUGAAGACAAGACAAGAUUGA